AUGGCGGACUGGAGCCUGUUGGGGAAUUUUCUUGAGGAAGUGCAAGAACAUUCCACCUCUGUGGGAAAGGUAUGGCUGACCAUUCUGUUCAUCUUUCGAAUCCUUGUCCUGGGUACAGCAGCAGAAUCCUCUUGGGGCGAUGAGCAGGAGGACUUUAACUGUGACACUGAACAACCAGGCUGUGAGAACGUGUGCUACGACAGGGCCUUCCCCAUCGCACACAUCCGAUACUGGGUUUUGCAGAUUGUUUUUGUGUCCACACCCAGUCUCAUCUACAUGGGCCAUGCCAUGCACACGGUCCGCAGGGAGGAAAAGAGGCGCAGCAGGCAGGAGCAGGAUCAGGGGUCUGAGGAUGACCCUGGGGGGGGGCAGGACAGCGGGGGCAUACAGGAGGGCAAGUCUGAGAAGGACAGCUCCAAGGACAAGAGAGAGGGCCGGGUGCGUCUGCGCGGGGCUCUGCUGCAGACCUACGUCCUGAGCAUCCUCAUCCGCAGCAUCGUGGAGGUUGUAUUUUUGUGCCUCCAAUACUUCCUUUAUGGUAUCUUUCUAAACCCUCUUUAUGUGUGUAAGGCCUGGCCAUGUCCACAUCCAGUCAACUGUUACGUGUCCAGACCCACAGAGAAGAACGUCUUCAUUGUCUUCAUGCUGGUGGUGUCUGCCGUGUCACUGGCCCUCAGUGUACUUGAGCUGCAGCACCUUGCCUGGAAACACUGCUGCAGGCAACUGUUCAGCGCCAGGAAUAAGACCAAAUCUACAGAGCUGUCUUUGGCCAGACAGCUUUCGCUGUCACCGCCACCACCUUCAACCCCACCCCCUGACUUCAGCCAGUGCAUUAUUGGCUCCACACACUUUUUACCCAUGCCCUUCCCUCAACACCGCUUGGCAAACCAGCAGAACUCUGACAACCUGGCCACAGAGAAAAGUAACAUGGCUACUGCAGGAGAAGAGGAUUUUAUUCACCUCUCCUGCUACAGUCCUGGAUGGAACAAAACAGCCACUCAUCCCAUUGAAGAUCCAAACUGCCAGAGGACUGAACUAAACUGCUACAACCUCCCACCGAGUAAUCAUGAAAGGCAGCCGCUGUUCCCCAACGUAGCUCUGAGUCAGAAAGACAAGAGACGCUUCAGCAGAACCAGUGGAACCAGCAGCCGGAGCAGGGCUGAUGACCUCUCUGUUUAG